GCUUCCGGGCCCCGCGGCCAUGGCGGCGGCGGCGGCUCCGCCGGGCAUCCUUCCCGGCUCCUCCGGGGCGAGCCCGGGGCUGGCGGCGGGGGAGCGAAGGCUGAACACACUCCAGAGCUACGAGUGUCCCCCUCCACUAUCCGGGCAGGAUGCAGCAGGACCUGUGUGCCCCCAGCAGCGUGACUUCCACAGCACAGUGCCCUUGGGAUGGGUCCUUGCAGAGAAUCUUGUGUGUGUGGACAAGAAUGUGGCUUCUCCCAAGCUCUACGUCCUGGAGCCGUGGAUUGCUGAUCUUCUGGUGAAUUACGAGCAACCAGAUGAGCGUGAGAACUUCCUGGCUGGGCAGGUGGUGCGGAUCUUGAGUGACUCAGCUGCUCCUGCCCAGCCUGGGGUUCUCCAAGACGCUGUGGUGCAGGUGUCUGAUGGAUCCUGCUACAUCCGUGUGGUCAUUACAUCCGAAGCCCUGCAGGCAGAGGAAAAUGCCCACCUGCAGCUCAGGCUUUCCAGCCUUAAUUGCAGAAUUAUCGUCCUGCAGAAGUACACGGUGUGUUUUCAGGACGAGGCCAGGCUGGAGGACUGCGAGUUCUACCUCACGGCCCAGCAGUUCAUCGUGCUGCCCAUGCAGAGGCAGAGGAUGGAAUCGUCUGAUGGGAAUCAGGACCCCUCUGUGGUGAAGAAGAUAAAGGAGCUCUGGAUGAGGAAUCUUGCUGUGAGGAACGCUCCCAGCUCAGAGCCCUCUGUCUCUCAGCUGAUUGAUGCCAUUGGACAGAACCAGCUGGAGAUUUUGAAGGAAAAUGCUGAGAAAUGCUUGGAUUUAUGGAAAUCAAAGGAGAAGCCAGUGACAGCAGAGGAUGAGGUUCCCAUCACCCAGUGGGAGGCAGAGCGCAAGAAGGAGCAGGGGGAAGAUGUUUUCAUGGUCCCAGUCAGCACCCUGGUGAUUCCUCCUGAGGAGGAGGCAGUUGUUUGUGAUUCUUCUGAGGCAGCAUCCGCAGGGUACACAGAUACAAGCCAAGCAGCUCCUGAAAGGAGUAGUGAUGACAGGACAGUGCCAGAAGACCCAAGUGUUAUAUCCCAGAUCAGCUCCUGUCUCCAUAGCAGAGGUGCUCCAGCCCUUGGAUCGUCCUCAUGGCCUCCCAAGAAUGCUCCAGAUCCCAUCCAGCCUUUAGUUUCCUCUACAGUUGGCUCAGCCCGUCACCUUGGAUUGAGUGGAGGAGAUGCUCCAUCACCAACCUUGUCAGAUAGCUUGGAGGGAUCCCUGGACAACCCCUGGAACGUGAUGCCCUCAUUGUCUUUGACCCCGAGCUCUUCGGAUGAGAAGACCUUUCAAUCUGACACUCCCCUGAAGACCCAGAAAGAUGUGGCUACUGACAGCAACACCACUGACCUGUUGGAAUUGUGUAGCCAGGGCUCUCCUGAGGGCUUGCCCCAGGGAGAGCAAGUGCAGACCUCCUCUCCCUCCCUGCUGCGCUCCUGCAGCAGUGCCAGUCCCAUGGAGAUCAGCACCAGUGAGGCGGCAGCAGUGGCUGAGGCAGCCGGGGAUGCCCCGUGCCCUGAUCAAGGCCCGCAGGGAUCCAGGGACUCUCAGGCCACCCUGCCCACUCUUUCUCCAGUUUUUCCAGUCUUGCCCAGCAGCAGCUUGCAAUCCCUGCCCGGCAGGAUUCCUCACAGGGAGCAGGCCUGCUCCAGUGGCACAGUUUCCUCUCCAGAUGUGUUGAGGCCUCAACUGGCUCACACCAGCACAAAGGGAGGAAAGACUGUGGGUGCCAAGAGGAAGCUGAUGGAGGAAGAUGAGGAGGCCCCCAGUGGGCAGCAGCGUCCCCAAGGCACCUUGAAGGGCAGGGGGAGAGGCACAGGCAAGAGGGAGCUCAUGAGCCCACAGGGUGCAAAGAAGAACAGAAAGGAGACAGGCCUGCGGUAUAGAAAGGAGCAUGAGGAGGAAGAGGAGGAGGAGGAGAAAGUGGAGGAAGAGGAAAAGCAAGCAUCCCCUGCAAGAGCUGGGCCCAGCUCCAGGCCGGAGCAGCGCAGAGCUCCGGAGCCAUUCGUGGAGAGCCCACCCCAGUACCAAUAUGAGGCACCAAGCCCUGAGCUCUGCCAGCAGGUACAAUCUAUCAGGAUCUCAAGGGCAAUGCUGAAAUGGGCGUGCUGGAUACUGACUGAGGAGGAGGAGGAGGAUUCCUGAGCCCAGCCCGUCUUUCAUUCUUUUGUUUCUUCAAUGGGUCAGUCAAAACACUGGGAAGAGUGGUUGGGGAAGGGAUGUGGGGACACACGGAGCUCUGUGCCCCAGGAGGCUGCUCAUUGGGCUGGUUCCAGGAGUGCUGGCACAUGACCUGUUGAAAGCUAAUACCCUCAGUGCCAGGAGGGGAGAAAAACAUUCAUUCAGGAGUGCCUAUAUGCCAGCAUCCUUCUCCCACCUCACCUCUUCAUCCUUUCCAAAUGCCUUUUCCAGCAAGUGGGGACAAGAGGGGACCAAUGCCACCAGCAAUGGCAGAGGCCCCACAAUCUGAUCCUGCUCCAAAGGUACCCCAGGAGCUUGGAUGGUUUAUUGAGUAAGUUUAGGUAGGGUCCUGCACUGUUUAUUACAAAAAAUAUCCAGCAGAGUUAUGCUGUAGAAAUUAAAAAUUGUAUAUUUUUUAAAUACACAGCUC